CAAAUGAUAGCAAAAGAGAGUUUUAUUAGAAGAUAUGCAGCAAAAUAACCACAACUAACAUGAAAUUCUCCACAAGAAAACUUUUUUUUGGUGUUGUUGCUGUGAUAUUAGUUUUGAAAUGUCAUGCCUCAACAGGUAAAAAGCUUGAACACACUACAAAAGCUACAAACUUGAGACAACAGGCGGCUAGCAAUACUAUCAAACAGUCAGCUAAGGACAGCAUCUCCAAAAUAACUAACGCUAAAAUAGAGGAAUCUGAUGGUCUCUCCAGUGAAACUACCGAUAAAUCAGAAGACGCUGGCAAUCUAUCUAAACUGACUUCCAAAGAUGGCGUCUUUGAGAGCAGUGGAGAGCUCGAGGUUCAGAURGRCGAGAGUGGAAGCGGUGAAGAAUCAGGGAGCGGAGAAAGCGAGGCUCAGAUUAAACUCAAUGGUAGACGUCUUCAUUCGAUAUCAGAAGCCAUCACAAAACUAUUGAAUAGUGGACGGAAACGACUUGAGAAUCUMAAAAAGGGGACGUUCCCAAGUCCCUACCGGGCUGAAGGCCCUGUCGUACGCGCUUAUGUGUCCGAUAGUGCUUAYGACACUUCASUACUUCACAAAAGGCAUCGCCAUCGACGGCAUCCUCGCCAUCACUAUAGAAGACCUCACGGUUUACUAGAGGAAAGUCCCUUCGUUUAUCCGUCGUAUAGUCAUGAACAGUUAGAGUACAGUCCUCCUGAUAAAAAACCUUACUUCUUAUACUACCCUGACCAGGCACCUGCCAGGUAUAAUGCAAUACCAUACCAGGAAACAAACCCUUAUCAAGAGCAACAGUAUGCUGCCAAUAUGGAAGAGAAUAUUAUCAGGAAUUACGCCUURCAACAGGAAAUUGCAGGCAUCCAGUUCUAUUCCUGCCAUCCAAACCCGUGUAAGCAUGGCGGACACUGCCGAAAAAAAGGUCUCAAGUUUAGAUGUUUUAUUGAUCGUGUUGUUGUUGUUGUUGUUGUUGUGUCUGUUGCUACUGAAGGUGCUUAUGUUGCCACUGCUGUUAAUCUUGAUAGUAUUGAUCGUGGUGUUGUUGUUGUUGUUGUUGUUGUUGUUGUUGUUGUGUCUGUUGCUACUGCAGGUGCUUAUGUUGCCACUGCUAUUAAUCUUGAUAUGAGAAGACGAAACAGAUGUGAUUCUAAUCCAUGUCAAAAUGGUGGCUCGUGUACCGAGGUACAAGAUGGAUAUGAAUGUACCUGCCAAGUUGGAUUCAAGGGUGUCAAAUGUCAAGUUCCAAGUCCAUGUUCAAGGGAUCCCUGCAAGAACGGAGGGACAUGCGUAGCCGGUGAUCGUGGAGAAUACACCUGUGUAUGUGAGGGUACAUGUAAAGAGACUCCAACUGGAUACCGCUGCACAUGUCAACCGCAGUUCAGAGGAAAAAACUGUGAAAAGGAAAAUCACUGCAAGCCGUUUAACCCGUGUGAAAACAAUGGACUUUGUAUYGAGACAGAAGAUGGUUAUAAAUGUCACUGCAAAAUAGGUUAUACUGGUUAUAACUGCCAUGACCGUGAGUUCUGCAAACCCAACCCAUGUAAAAGCGGUGGUACGUGUCGUCCCGAGGAAGACUCCUACACGUGCACAUGUCCAGUUGGUUACAAGGGAAAGAACUGUGAAUCACGUGAUAUGUGCGCGUCCAACCCUUGUUAUAAUAAAGGCACGUGCAUCGACUUGGAGACCGACAAGUACAAGUGCUUAUGCCCGCAAGAGUGGAUUGGAAACCAGUGUGAAGUUGAAAACCCCUGUUAUCCAAACCCCUGUUCACACAAUAGUCAGUGUAAUGUAGUCGAAGGUCACUUUGAAUGUAGUUGUUCGAUCGGAUACAAGGGUGAAAAAUGUCAAGAAAAGGAUCUAUGCCAACCUAAUCCAUGUCAUCAUGAUGCUACUUGCAUUCAACGAGAUCAAGAAAACUAUGACUGUAACUGCAAACCUGGAUUUCUUGGCAAGAUAUGCGAUGGAAUCGAUUCAUGUUUCUCUCAGCCCUGCAUGUUCGGGGGAACCUGUAUCCAACAAGAGGACAGUUUUAGAUGUAUGUGUGAAAUCACAAGAGCAGGCAAAAUGUGUGAAGCUGUUAACCCCUGCUAUCCCGAUCCAUGYCAUAAUAAAGGGGUCUGCACUGGAUUUCAAAACGGAGAGCCUCAGUGUCGGUGUGCGGUCGGUUUUGUGGGGUCUAUUUGUGAUGCCGUCGAUCCAUGUCUCAACAAUCCAUGUCAUAACAAAGGGACAUGYGUCAAUGUUGGCAGCUCGUUUAAGUGUAAAUGUACUGCUGAUUACGUGGGACAUCUCUGUGACGUGAGAUCAAAGUGUGUACCUAACCCGUGUCAAAAYGAUGGUACGUGUAAAGACGUUGCAACAGGGCUUGGCUUUGCUUGCCAYUGUAGUGUGGCAUACCUUGGUCCGACWUGCAAUAAGCGCAAUCUAUGUCACCCCAAUGAUCCAUGCAAGAACGGUGGUACAUGUAAAAGUGAUGGUAUAAUAGUAGGCUGCCAAUGCAAGCCGGGAUACCUUGGGUCACAUUGUGAACAGAUGAACUUUUGCUAUGGUAACCCUUGUCACAAUGGAGGUACAUGUACACCUAAACUAACUGACUACGAGUGUGACUGUCCGGAAGGGUUCUUCGGCAAGUCAUGCAACGCUCAAAGCAGCGCAUGCGUCCCAUCUCCMUGUAAGAAYGAUGGACUUUGUACCGAGUAUAAGAGCAAAGAUGGCUUUGUUUGUAUUUGUAAAGAUGGAUUUAUAGGAAAAACAUGCGACAGGCAAGAUGCCUGUUCUCCAAAUCCUUGUCAGCACAACGGAACCUGUCUUCAAGCCCAGACCCACCGCGGUUAUCAUUGUCUGUGUCAUAAAGGAUGGCAUGGGUACUCUUGCCAACGUAUUGAUCGAUGUAAUCCUAAUCCCUGCUCGAAUGGCGGCUCUUGUUUUAACAUCGAUGACGGACACYUGUGCCAAUGUACAGAGGGAUUUCAAGGACCGAAUUGUGGAGUCAACAAGUGUGAUAGAUGUGAUGACAAUGCACAGUGUAUCAAAGGRAUUUGUGAAUGUAAAUCUGGAUUUAUUGGGAAUGGAUUCACUUGCACUGCAUCAGGAGAUCCAUGUACACCUAAUCCAUGUGACAACAAUGGUGUGUGUUUACCUGGCCAUGGUGGGAACCCUGUGUUCCAGUGUACCUGUCGUCCUGGAUUCACUGGAGAGAAAUGUCAAGUAUCCAUGAGUGCUUGCAAUGCUCGUCCUUGUCUGAAUGGCGGCCUCUGUGUAGACAUCACUAACAACAAUGGKUCYCUAUUGGACGGUAUCUUCCUUGUUAACCCAGCUGACUUUACUUGUGUYUGUCCUAAAGGRUAUGCAGGRCAGAGGUGYGCCAAACUUGUCCUAGUGAAUCCAUGCAGCAAACAUCCAUGUGAACACGGAGGGACAUGUUACGAUGACAGUAAUAGUGCAGGAAUGGAUCUAAAACUUAUUAAUGCUCUUGAUUUCCGCUGCUAUUGUCAUGGAGAAUAUAGUGGCAARACUUGUCAAGCUCUACAACCUGCUUGUCAUUCCUCCCCUUGUUUGCAUGGCGGUACGUGCAUCGAUUCAUCAAACACAGCCGAUGUUGCAUUCAACUACAAUGGCUUCAAGUGCCUCUGUCCUACUGGAUUUCUUGGAAGCAACUGCGAAGUCACUGAGAAGGAUAGCCCGGAGACUCUUCAAGCCUUCGAAGGGUCAAGGAUUGCAGCUCUCGCAAGUCACGGGAUUGCAGGAGAAGCAAUUACUCAAAUACCUUACGUGACAGAUAACGCUGGUAACGCAAUCAUUCACAAUGAAUUGUCACCAAAAGUAUCGAUCAAAGUCAAGACUCAUCCUUCCUCGUCACCAGUUCUYGUCGUUUCCGGGCCGCCCGGCCCAGGAAGUCCGGUAUCCCCUCCACCUCCAUCCGGUUUAACCAUCCCAGAGAUUCAGCCACCCGUUACUCAAAACUCGGAUGGUGGAAAUACCCGAGGAAAUGUCCCAGCGACAACACCYGAUGUCCGGUAUUCUCUUCUGAAUGUAUUCAAGAACGCUAGAUAUAAUCCCCGAUACGCAAAUAGCUACACGGGAUAUGACAGCUAUACGGGAAAGGCUCAGGGCAGUUUGUCGGCCUUCCAAAGUCCAUCCCCGUAUACUAGUGGUGGGUAUACCGGUAAUAAUUCACCGUAYACUAGGGGACAACAGUGGUAUCCAUAUGGACAACAACAGGCAUWUUACCCUACCCCGCCCACUCAAAACACAGGAUACCAAUAUAACUGGGGACAGCCUCCUUAUAGUGCCUACAUUCACAGCAAAGAUGAAAAUCACUUACAGACUUCUUACCACAGACACUUCAAGAGAGACAGACUAGAGCCACCCAAUAAGAUACAGGUAUUGUGCCAAUGGUACGUAAGACUAAAUGGACCAGUCAACCAAGAACCAACCUCUUAUCUCUAUAUAUUGAUCAAAGAAAUGAACUUAAAAUUGAGAUACCUAUUUUGUCUAUUGUUAGUUUUGUUUUGUCUUUUAAGYGAAUGUAAUGGACAUAAGAAGAUUCAACGACGAAGUCAGCGCAAUGUUGAGACUACGACAAGCGACCAAAUACAAGAUAACACUACCAGUUUAAAGUACUCAAAAACCAAGAAGUCAAAACAUGUAGACUCAAGGAAGGUACGACACAUAGCAACAAGAAAGGUCAACAAUCCUGGCAGCCAAUUUCGUAGUCGUCUACCUCUCACAGCGAGAGGAAGGAAAGAAAUGAAACGUCAAUUCAUCCUUCGACCGCCAUCUCAACAGUUUUCAUUCAUGGGUCAGAUGCAGAAGCCACCGUUCUUGAUGAUGAAACCCCCGCCAUUGACCCAAAAGACAGUUGUAACAACACAUAUACCAAGACCUCCCAUUGCAAUUCCAUUCAACCCACUUUUAAUGAAUCACAUAAUGCAUUCGUUGCAUGGAGGAAUGCACUCUCCCUUUGGAAUUAUGGGAAAUAAUGACAUUAUGAAGACAUACGAAGAUGACGAGGUCGACGAUGACAGCGAGAGUGAUUGUGAUUCCAAUCCAUGUCAAAAUGGAGGAACGUGCAACGAGGUGAAGGGAGGCUAUGAAUGUAUUUGCCCGCAUGGAUUCAAGGGAUCAGAUUGUGAAGAAGAGAACAAGUGUCAUCCCAAUCCAUGUCGUAAUGGCGGUGUAUGUACAAUGGCUAAUGGUGGUUACGUCUGUACGUGUAUGCAGGGCUACAAAGGAACCAAUUGUGAAGAACGAAACAAAUGUCAGCCGAAUCCAUGCAAGAACGGUGGGUCAUGUACAGAGGUUGAUGACGGCUUUGAAUGCGCAUGCCCACCAGAAUUUAAAGGCGCAAUGUGUGAUGUUGAAAACCGAUGUUUUAUGAAUCCAUGUCUCAAUGGCGGAACGUGUAUGUCGAACUUGGCUUCAUUCAGCUGCGCCUGCCCUGAAGGAUUCAGCGGCCCUUCCUGUGAAAUUGAGAGCAAGUGUCGCAGCAAUCCAUGUAGAAAUGGCGGCUCGUGUUUUGAUAACCAUAACUCCUACACGUGCGGAUGUUUGCCAGGAUUCUCAGGAAUCAAUUGUGAAAGGAACAUGCAUCAACGAUCUGGGUAAUUAUCAUUGUCAGUGUCGCUAUGGUUACAGAGGAAUCAAUUGUGAAGAUGAGCAAAAAUGUCACUCAAAUCCAUGUCAAAAUGGCGGAACAUGCUACGAAAACAGCGGAGGCUACACKUGCACAUGCCUUGAUGGUUACCAUGGCAUCAACUGCGCAGAGCGUGACCGUUGCCAUCCCAACCCGUGUCGUCACGGUGGAGCAUGCUCAGUAGAUCAUGAUAAUGCUGUAUGYUCAUGUAGUCCUGGUUGGGCUGGACCAACAUGUGAAGAUGAAGAUAAAUGUCAUCCUAACCCGUGUCUUCAUGAUGGAGUAUGCGUCAAUAAGGAAUACCGUUACGACUGUCAUUGUCCAAUUCAAUGGUCUGGACUUAACUGYGAAACACCAUCAGCAAGUUUUGCAGCACCAUUAACWCAGACGUCACAAGUAGUCAACGCAUGCGCAGCRACCAAGUAUGGYUGCUGUCCRGACGGCAUUUCUAUUGCACARGGUCCUCAACAAUCAGGAUGUCCAGAUCAUAUACCAGGAAUAGGAAAACGAUCGUCAAUACCGAAGAUACACAAGAAGAAACAUAAGAAGAAGGCGUAGCCCAGCCUUUUACGCACCUUUGGUGAAAAGUGUAACGAAGUUUUUGGGGAUUUCAUGAUGGAUGUCAUUGCUCAUUUAUCACGUGACUCCUUAAUGGAUUCUCGAUUGAAUCAAUUAGCAAACUUUUGUCAAUAUUUGCAAUCAGUGCUAAACAAUAGUAUUGAAUGAAUAAGUUCUUAGGAUCACUCAGCUAUAGUUGAUUCAGCAAUUACAGGAAUAGGAAAUAUCAGUUUCCCAGUCUCCCAAUGCUAAUACUGCCCGAGCUAGGGCUGGGCAAUAGUGAUAUGUCAUUUGUAAAAUGCUUUGUAAAUAAAGAGAUGUUCAACACUGA